AGCAACGCUAACUUGGCCAGAACAGAAGCUCAGCGGAUCUAACAUUUCCAAUUACUCGUACUCGUACUUCAACUCCAACUCCAGCUCCAAGGAUUAAACCAAGUCGCGUUGCCUCUGCAUCUCUGCCUGUAUCUCAGUCCGUGUGUGUGAUUGUGCUGUGUGUGUGUGUGUGCGUCUGGAAGAGGAAACUGGAACUGGGAACUGGAAUCGCUGGGGUUCUGGAAGCAGCGAGUCGGUUGGUUCUUCGUCGGUCUCUUCUUCGGUCCGCAGUUCUUGGACACUCGCGAUCAGUCGACAACGAAGGCUUGCAGUGAACGCGACGUGUAGUGCUGAACACUCCUAACUCUUUUUGAGCCAUCUUUUGAGCCGCGUCCUAAAAGCCAGAGUACCCGAUUCGUAUUCCCCGAUCGUCGCCAGCGGCAAUCAGAUAGUGCUCCGCGCGCCCCCAACUCCAAUCCAAGCCGAAGAAAGAUGGCCAAAAUCGUACUCUUCUGCCUGCUGAGCCUCUUGGCAUGCGCUGCAGGUCAACGCAUCACCACAAUCCACCUGGAUGGAGUGCAGUACUUCAUCAGCCGGAUGAAUCCCUAUUCACCGGAGCUUAACUACUUCCUGGCCUAUCAAUACUGCCGCUCCUUGGGCCUGCAGCUGGCCUCGUUCGAGACUAAGGAGAAGGCCGAAUCGAUGACCACGUAUCUGAAGAACGCCGGUUACGGCAACUACGAUUUCUGGACCUCCGGAAAUCGCCUGGGCACGGGCAUGUUCCUAUGGAUGAGCACCGGUCUGCCGUUCAAUGCCACCUUCGACUUCUUCGAGAACUCGGCGGACGCCAUCUCGGCCGGUCUGCUCGAUCCCGUUGAUCAUAACAGCAACACCUCGCCCCAGCGCACGGCUCGCGACAGCAGCAGUGGCGCCGAGAAGGGAUGCGUGAUCCUGAAGCAGCCCACGCUCAAGUGGAUGCCCGAGGACUGCUCGGCCGUCAAGGACUUUAUUUGCGAGCAGACCCGUUGCUACUAUUACAACUAUGGCAGCAUCCCCGUCUCGUCGGCGCAGGGACGUCCCAUCACCUCGACCACCCCCCGCCCAGCUGUCUCACUGAUCAACCUGCAUAAUGCCGCCACCACCACCCCGCUGCCUCUUUUGAUGUCCACCAGUGGCAUCAUGUACUCCGCCGCCAAGGCCAAGUCCUCGCCAGCUGUGGGCCAUCGCCUCCAGGUUGAGGACUUCCAGCAGCAGCCCAUCACCUUCAAGCUGAAUCAUGACCGCUCGCUGCCUGAUACUGAUGCCGCCGAUGUGGAUGUGGAGGAUCAGGAGCAGGUUGAUGUGGAGGCCGAGGAGCAUGACGAUCAUGAGGUUGAGGGCGAGGGCGAAGAGGAGCACGAGGGCGACAACUUUGGCGAGCAUGCCCGGGAGCUGGGCAAUGACAGCGAUGGCGACAUCAAGGAGCAUGUCUUCCCUCUCAGCGACAAUGAGCUGCAUCCCGAGAUGCAUGCCAUCGAGGAGGUGCAACAGCAGUUGCAGCAACAGCAGCAGCAGGAGCAGGAUUCAGUAGCUGCUGCUCCCGCAGCCGAGGAGAGCGAUAGCUCCCAGCAGCACGAUUCGGAGGCGGAGGGAGACAAUGAGCAUGAGGUGGAGGCUGAUUCCGACUCGGACAACGAGUCGCAGGCGCCCAUCCAGGCCAGCGAACCGCUGGCUUUGCCCAGUUCCACGGAAUCGCCGGCUGCCGGCAUUGAGGAGCGCAUCAAGCAGAUUGCCCAGGACUUCCAGAAGAUGGCCAGUUCCCAGGAGCUGCUGCAGCCCAAGGAGGAGCUGACACCGCAGUCCUCGCUGUCCCUCAACGACCUGAUACGCACCCUGCGCCCCAACGAGCAGCAGAUCAUACCGCAAAUCGACUCGGACUACUCCAAUGCCAUGCGUGUCCUGGGCAAGCCACUGGCGGCCCACAACUAGGCUUUGCCGGUACCACCCGGUAUUAGCCCCGCUAGCCUAAGUUGUGUGUGUUGUUUGGUGUGGUUAGGAUCUGGGUAAAUCACCGGGUUCCACUGAGAAACUGAGCAUUUCCGCGAGCCGGCCGGACAUGUCCGGAAAUGACGCUUCUCUCUGAGGACCCAGAGAUACCCCAGGAUCUGGAUAAUCGAGCAGCAAGAAAGAGAUUAAAGGAGCUAAGACAUUAAUCUAUAUAUAACGAUAAAUAUAUAUUGUAUUGUAUGCUUUAAUUGUAUGACAACCACCACAAAAACAAAAGGAAACUCUUGAUUAAUAAAAGUA